AUGUCUGAGAUACAGGAAGCCAGUGAGAUUGUCAUCGACAUGGAUGCUAUCCACACCAACCUCCACCACCAGCUUGACGAAGCAAUGGCCAAAGGGGGCACCAGCACAAACCCAGGUGAUUCUGACAAUACCUCACAACUAGAGUCUCUCCAAUUCGGCUCACAUGAUGACUACACAUUGUCAAGACCCAAAUCACUGGAUAGCAGGGUGCCAGAUCCCCUGACCCUGUGCAAUUACACAGCCCUUGCUACAAGAUGCACUGUAGGCCCAAUGACCAAGGUCCUAGGAAACUACUUUGACUGGAUGGCUUUUGCAGCCACUGUAAUAGAUGGAGUUGCCCUAACAGCCAGCAGACAACAACUCCAAAGUGCAGAUGGUGUCCUGCUCGAACUGCUGCUGUUGUCCGAAGUGAAAAGCUGA